GAGAGAGAGAGAGAGAGAGAGAGAGAAGCCACCACUACCAGCCAAAUUGCAGCUUGAGAUCAGGACACAAAGGUGGAGGUUCUCUAAAAUAAUGAAGCAGCAAGCUCUUCAUCUCUCUCAGAGAUCAUGUGUUAAAGCAAGCUCUAGUAUUCAUGGGUAAGUUCACUCCCCUGACAUCGAAAUAAAUAUGCAAAGCUUCUCCAACGGAUGCUUCUUCAUUUCCCCUUUUAUCCCUCAGAAAUGGUUGAGCCCUUGUGGUUAGAGCUUCCUUCUAACAAGAACGACGAGAAGAGAGGCAGGAACUCAAAUUCUGCCUACUAUCAGUAGUGAAGUUCAUAAUCUCUGCGAAUGCCAACCCGUUUGCUCUGUUGUGAUUUUGUGUCUCCAAUUCUCUUCGUCGCUUUCCUUCGGAGCUCGGCUGCGUAAUGGGUUCGUUUUGAGGUAUAUUUGCUCAGGUUUAGCCGUGAAAGACUGUUUUUGGUGGUCCUGGUGGGUUUAUUGAAUCAGGGGAGACGAGGAUGGAGGAGUGUUCGGUGGAAAAGAAUCAAGAAUCCGAAGCGAAGAAAGAUGGGUUAGAUUCGAAAGUGGUUGGAAUUGAGUCAUUCGUCGACUCGAUUGGAGAGGAGUGCAGGGAGAGCAGUUCCAGCUCUGAUACAUUGACAUCUGAUGCGACAACUAAUGAAGAAAGGAGUAAUAGUAUCUCCGAAGAAUCAUCUUCGGCAUCACCAUUAGGUUGGCCCAUCCGGAAGGCGGAGGUGCAAAGUUGUUCAAUUUCUGAUGUCGCCGAGUCUAAAGAGAAACCCCAUUCAGAGGAUAAAAAAUUAGAGAAACAAGAACCAGACAUUUCGGAGGUUGAGUUGAUGAAGGAGAGGUUUUCAAAAUUGCUGCUUGGGGAAGACAUGUCUGGAUGUGGGAAAGGGGUUUGCUCAGCACUGGCGAUUUCAAACGCCAUUACUAAUCUCUGUGCAACGCUCUUUGGGCAGCUUUGGAGAUUAGAGCCCCUACCUCCUGGGAAGAAGUCAAUGUGGAGAAGAGAGAUGGAGUGGCUUCUUUGUGUCAGUGAUCACAUUGUUGAAUUUGCUCCCUCUUGGCAAACAUUUCCUGAUGGAAGCAAGCUUGAGGUUAUGACUUGUAGACCCCGAUCGGAUCUCUAUAUUAAUCUCCCAGCUCUGCAUAAACUAGACAACAUGCUUCUUGAAAUAUUGGAUGGCUUUAUCAAUACAGAAUUCUGGUAUGUCGACCAAGGGAUUUUUGCCCCGGAUGCUGAUGGAUCAGCUUCUUUCCGUAGACCCCAUCAACGUCAAGAGGAAAAGUGGUGGCUGCCUGUUCCUCGUGUCCCACCUGGUGGUCUCCAAGAAAAUUCUAGGAAGCAGUUGCAACACAAGCGUGAGUGCACAAAUCAAAUCCUUAAAGCUGCCAUGGCUAUCAACAAUAUUGCAUUGGCUGAAAUGGAGAUUCCUGAAUCAUACUUGGAUGGUCUACCAAAGAAUGGAAGAGCCUGCCUGGGAGACAUGAUCCACCGGUACAUAACAUCUGAUCAGUUCUCUCCUGAAUGCCUUCUUGAUUGUGUUGACCUAUCAUCUGAACACCAGGCUCUUGAGAUUGCCAACCAUGUUGAAGCCUCAAUAUAUGUCUGGCGUCGAAGAACAAACUCAAGGUCUAUGACUAAUACAACCCGCUCCGCUUCAAAGUCAUCCUGGGAGAUGGUAAAGGAGUUGAUGGUUGAUGUGGAUAAGAGGGAGUUGCUUGCUGAUCGAGCUGAAAGCCUCUUGCUAUGCUUGAAGCAGCGUUUCCCAGGUCUGCCACAGACAACUUUGGAUAUGAGCAAGAUCCAGUACAACAAGGAUGUUGGGAAAUCUAUUCUAGAAAGCUAUUCCAGAGUUUUGGAGAGCCUGGCAUUUAAUAUUGUUGCCCGUAUUGAUGAUCUUCUCUAUGUUGAUGACUUGACCAAGCAUUCAGAUGAGUACUCCUCCAUUACCACUGUCAGUGUGAUUGCUCACAAGAGAGUUUCUAUUCCAUACUCCGUGCCCGUCUCAAGCACUCCAUAUGCAAUGGCUUUUCCCACACCGAGCUUCUCUCCUGCACCUCUAGUUAGUCCUGCAAGAGGAGAGAGGCCUCCCUUCCUCAAUGGAAGCAAACCUUAUUAUCGCGGGUUUGGAGUAAAGAAAGUCUUGACAGAUUAUCUUGGAGUGGAUUUCAAAGGAAAAAACUCUAGUAAUUCAGCAGGAUCAGAUACUAACUCAAGCUCAGCUCAAGAAACACCAGCAAGAUGAUGGAUAGUAAAGUCCUCCAUCACAGGACUGAUUUGAGCUAGAACUAGUUCUUUUCAUGACAGCUUGUAUGUUUUCCGAGUUGAUUGUUUAAUAAUAAAGAGUUUUGUGUUUA